UAGCCCGACGCUUUCCCGCUGAUGGUCCGAGGCCACCUGCCCAGUCGCUGCUAGUCUGUCGCCUGCUCAGGGCGCGUCUUCCUUGCGGUCGGCCGCUGGCCUACAGUCGUGGCCCGGCAACGCUCCGAAGCCACGGCCGGCUGUUUGUCAACGUUGCCAUCUGGGCCGUCGAACCGGUUCGAUAAUCUUCAGGAGCACGCGCUCAAUGCGCAUGUGCCGCGAUCGAUGUCCUGAGGAUGGAGCCCACAUUACCACCCAAGGCCGAGCAUAGCUUGGAGGCGCUCUGCAGAAACACCAAGUUCACCAGACACCAGAUUCAGCUCAUGUACAGAAGCUUCAAGCAGGAGUGCCCCACGGGUUUCGUGGAAGAGGACAACUUCAAACACAUCUUCGCACAGUUCUUCCCAUAUGGAAACGCCUGCUCAUACGCCCGCUACGUCUUCAAGAGCUUCGACCGGAACAGGAACGGUGCCAUCAGCUUCAAGGACCUGCUCUACUGCCUGUCGCUGCUGUGCUUCGGGAGCGUGCAGGAGAAAUUGCGUUGGGCCUUUUCGCUAUAUGACGUCAACGGCGAUGGGUUCAUUACGCGCCAGGAGCUCAGGGACGUCGUCUGUUCGGUGUACGCGCUCCUGGGCCGCCGCUCGAGCACGGACGAGAGGGCACUACGCGAACACGUGGACCGCGUAUUCCAGAAAAUGGACGUUAACCAGGACGGUGUCGUCACCAUGGACGAGUUCAUGGAGAUCUGCUCCAAGGACGACACCAUCGCGAAGUCCUUGACUCUUCUGGACACGACGCUGUAGCACUGGUCGUCGAGGGUUUCUUGGUUCUUCUGAGAGCAGAAUCAACGAGGAGCUCCCACUCGAAAACUCACCCUUCGCUUUAAGCUUCGCCGUCCAGCGACUCCGCGGGCCACCAAGUUUGGAGCGUACGUCGCAUGGUUCCCUGGACAACCUACACGUGCGACUACAUGUAAAAGAGUACAAGGCAACGCGCUUUCAUGACGAGUAUGCUAGUGGGCUCAGUUGCGUAUCGUACAUUUAUGUUCGGUUAUCCAUAAUAGUUUUGCGAUAGUGUAGGAGUUACGUGACGAUGGGGCCGCAGAGAAAAAAAAAAUUAUCGAGAAUUAAUAGGGCGAAGCUUCUUCGUCCGCGGGCCCAGCCCUGCUCAAGCGCAGUAGCCUUUUGAUGCAAUCACUUUUAAGAGAGGCGCACCGAAAGCUGUCGUGCGUGCUGUGCAACGCGCUUCACGGGAACUCGCACCACGUAAUGUCGAUACACCGCGGGUGCGCAUGUUCAGGCCUGGCCAAAACUGCUGCUGCCGCCGACAAAUCUGCAAGGUACAACACGGGCCAGGCUAGUCAACUACGAAUCCGCAGUGCAAUUCUUCGACAAACGACAUUGUUGCGACCAAGUACAGCUUGAGCGCGGGAAUACGAACAUCGAGCGACCUGCUUUAGAAAGCCGUUGUGCAUUUUAUUUCCUUCUUACGGCGAGCUAGAGCAGAAGACCGGACAUGACUAGUCCGUUAGCUGCACUUUGUUUUCUUUGUUUAGGAGUACUGACACAAAAUGCCAAAGCUGAAACACGUCCGUCAUUCGAUUAAUCUGUGCACGUGGAUAUACACGAACAAGUAUACUAACUGCACGUGAAACAUUGAUAUUUUAACUGGACCUUGUGCUCAGUGGCAUCGACAAAUUUUUUUCGGUAGGUGGGUCACGUGACCAGUGACCCCCUCACCUCUGCUACUGCUUGUGGUCAACAACUUCAAAUCGUUCCUCUUUAGGUGUGGUCUGACACAAUGCAUUCCGCGACGCUAAAGUUUUCGAUAUGUUUAGCGAAUACUAAAAGGCGUUGGCAUGCAAGUACGUGCAGGAAGCAUAAGUCAGGAGACUAGCUGACGUAUGUCCUGCUUUUGCACUGCAACAAUAGUACAAUGGAUAAUUACGAACUAGCCCAAUUCAUCAAGCUCCUAGGACAAGUUGGCAUGGGCCGCUUUUCGAAACUAACUCCUCUCUCACUCGAGCCAAAUAGCCAAUCUAUUAACACAGGUGCAUACCUUGUCUUCACUUUGUUAAGGGUGGAUUUAAGCAGCAUUUUAUCGCAUGUGGAAUGAGAAGGAACUUCAAAUGAGGUAGAACACGGAAGAAAAACUAGUCGGGUAGAACAUGAGUGAGUUCGAAGUGCUUGAAGUCCCCUCCAUAUGUUUACUUCUGUGUCAUGUGCUCCCCAUUGCAUCCUGUGUGUACAGCAGCUUGUGGUAUCAUGUGAUCACCACCCGUGUUGCGAGCAAUUAAAGGAGAGUGUAGCCAUUCCUUCCAUACUGCACACUGAGGCAAGUGACAUUCUGUACCAUUGUCCCUGGUUUAUUGUGGCGCAAGAAGCAUCCAAAAUUUUUGUGUCAGUACUCUUUUAACUCUGCAGUUGGCGCUUUCAUGUCACAUACCGCCCAUUACUUCGAGCCCCACCACACUAGCCUUGCUGAUGGGGUUAGUCAAAAACAAUGCAAUGAAAAAAAAGAAAAAGAAAAAAAAGAGCUUUUGCUUAUACCAACCUCCACGCAUAGCAAGGCUAAAUCCUCCAACUGCCCAGGCAAAAUGCCCAUCUGCUUCCAAACACAGUAAUGGGAGGCAUUCAUUGAACAGUUUAGUGUUCCAUGUAAACAGCCAGCAAUGGCUUCCAGUCUGCACUUUCAGGCACAACUAUACCACAGAGACUGCAAAAUGUUGUGUAGCAUUGUGCCACUGCUGAUACAGUUCGUGCUCACAAGGACAAAUGAAAGUGAACUUAUACCUCCUCUAGGAGCAUUAAACUGACUGACAAAUCAUUGGUCAUACCAGCUUAUCAACCACACUACAUUUGGGUGGAUUAUAAGGGGAAGCCAGACUGUUGUGUGCAUGUCGGAGUGCAGACACAGUUAGCAAGCAACGCGACGUUCAUCCACCCAAAGUUAAAAGCCUUGCCAUUAGCCAAACGGACUUCAGAUCUGAUGCAAGUUCUCUUCAUAGACAAGGUGUGCUCUCACGCGGCUGUAGUCCACAAUGUGCACAACAUUGUGGAGGAGAAUGCUUCCUAUUUGUGGUGACUGCACGAGGCAGGUUUUCACUACAAGAAUGCAGGUGCAGCAGUGGUGCUCAUGCAUAGGUCGCGUCGUAACUACUUGUGGGGCUGGGCACACGGAGUGCAUUUACAGCAAAAACAGUGAUCGAUGCACUACAUUGCUAGCGUCAUCACGUCCAGAUACUCACAUUUACAGGGAGAGUUGAGACGGCAAGCAGGAUAUGGCAGUCUGUGCCUGCACAAGCCUACAGUGAGCAGGCACAUAUAGCAAGACAAAAGUCCAAAAUUUGGGGAUUGUCUGUAGCAUUUCUGCGGACUAGUGAAACAGAAGGCUUCCAUUAAAAAAAGAAAA